UCCCAAACCAGAUGAGCCCAUGACACGUCAGCGGAAUCGUAGCGAGAGUCUUCUAUUUUUCUGCUCGUUUCCGGCGAAUCAAGAGACCGUGACCUGUGUGACUGACGAUAAAGCGUCGUAUUCUUCAAUAUUUUAUUGCGAAAGUAUUCUUCCCAUAACUUGUACAAACUAAUUUCUGUCUAGAUCACAUAUUUAAGAAAAAAUCUAGCCUGUUAUAAAGGCGUUAAAAGGAGGAUCGACACUUAAAUAUGACCGGCCCAAUAGUUUCGGUCGAUGUUAUCCUCUGACCUCGCUAUCAUCGACCAAAAGCAGAUUCAGGUCAAAGAUCAUUUGCAUAACUUUGCACUGUAAAAUCUUUCGAUUGGAACAAACAUACAGUUCUUUUCUGUUUGUAAUAAAUUAUCUUUAAGUUUUAUUUGACCAUGAUCUCUUGGUUUUUGUUCAACAUCUUAUUUGCUACUAAUAAAUAUAUUUGCCAAGGGGUGGUCCAGUUAAUAUUUAACACUCAUGCAUUUAUGUUUUGCGGCUCGCGGGUAAAUAUUGGCGGGAAAUCUAAAUGUUUGGUAGAAGAACAAACAUGGCUGAUAACAGUACACCUUGGGCUUCAAGAUGGACCGUACAGUUUGACCCUUAUUCCGGGUAUGUUAACGAUGAAAGCAGCGCUUACGAACUCAUAAAACAGUACGAGAUAGCUACGACGACACGCUUCACUGUAUUUAAACAAACAGGAGGAUUUUCAAAUUGCAGUAGGCUGGGUAAGUAAGCUCACAUGUAAAGAUUUACAAAAUAAACCAUACUGACAGUCAAGUAAAGUGAAGUAUAACUUUAUUUAGACACUAUAGGUAUUUAAAGCCAGGGGCGUGUGAAAUCGUGUUACUAACAUGAAAUAUAGAUAAAUCAAAAUAAAAAAAGGGAUUUAACUUUUUUCCAAUAAUUAUUGAUAUCUUAAGAAUACAUGUACUCAUCAUUAUUCUUCGGUUUACACUGGUCAGUUAGACUUUCAAAAUUAACAUGUAAUUAAAAUUAAACUUAGCUUCAAGUGUCAAUUUACUGUGAGCCUGCAGCAAGAGUUGGCAAGAAAUGCUUAAUUAAUUAAGAUCAAGCUUAAAGUGUCAAAACCCUACUCAGUGCUAUUGACACACAGCUGCCAGCAUCCCCAUCCAUUACACCAGUCCUUGGGCUACAUCUGGGUGGGGCAGGCUUGAUUUUGAGGCCCUCCAUUUUAAGCACCCAUGUGUACAUAUGUACGUAUGUGUUUGUGUAAAAGUAUCGUAUUGCUAACUUAGCUUGGUUCCUCUUCUCACAUAAAAGAAAAUACAGAUAAAAAUGCUAAGAACCACCGUAUACAAUGGGCUGACUCACAGGAGAUGACAGGAUGCAGACUAAGUUUUGAUGGCAUCCCAUUCCAAAUUGUGGGGGUCAAAGUUUUACAAUGCCAAAAUGGGCCAGACAGAAAUAAGGCACUCAAAAGGAAGUAGGCUCAAA